CUUGUCCUGUUGUGCUCUGAGCAGGCUAGGUGCCCGGUUAGAGCGGCGGGUGAUAAGACAGCGCAUAGUCCACCGCAGCUCAUCAUGAAGGCCGGCCCUGGGUGGAUGCUCUGGCCGCCUCUGCCAGCCUGGUAUUGACUUACUUUCCCCUUCUUAUCUGUGUGCAAACUGUUUGUUGUGCUUAGUGUGUUCCCCUGUCACAGCGAAUGUUUCUCUCUCCCUUUCAUAUGAACUGAGCGAUAAAGAGCUGGUUAAGUCUGGAAAACAAUGGAGGAGGAAAGCUGCCGGAGACCAUGGCCAAAAUGGAGGUGAAGUCCUCGCUUCUGGACAACAUGAUUGGCGUGGGAGAUAUGGUUCUCUUGGAGCCGCUCAAUGAGGAGACGUUCAUCGACAACCUCAAGAAGCGCUUCGAUCACAAUGAGAUAUAUACGUACAUUGGAAGUGUGGUUAUAUCCGUGAACCCCUACCGGUCCUUGCCCAUUUACUCGCCUGAGAAAGUGGAAGAUUACAGAAACAGGAACUUUUACGAACUGAGCCCUCACAUCUUUGCUCUGUCAGAUGAAGCGUAUAGAUCCCUCCGUGAUCAAGAUAAAGACCAGUGCAUACUCAUUACUGGAGAAAGUGGAGCAGGAAAAACAGAGGCCAGCAAGCUUGUUAUGUCCUACGUGGCAGCAGUGUGUGGAAAAGGAGCCGAAGUUAAUGAGGUCAAGGAACAGCUUCUGCAGUCCAACCCUGUCCUGGAAGCCUUUGGAAAUGCCAAGACUGUAAGGAACGACAACUCGUCUAGAUUUGGCAAAUACAUGGAUAUUGAAUUUGACUUCAAAGGCGAUCCAUUGGGAGGCGUGAUAAGUAACUAUCUUCUGGAGAAAUCUCGUGUUGUUAAGCAGCCAAGAGGUGAAAGAAACUUCCAUGUGUUCUAUCAGCUGCUCUCUGGAGCCUCCGAGGAGCUGCUCCACAAGCUUAAGCUCGAGCGGGAUUUCAGCAGAUACAACUACCUGAGUCUGGACUCGGCCAAAGUUAAUGGGGUGGAUGACGCUGCCAAUUUCAGAACUGUCAGGAACGCCAUGCAGAUUGUGGGCUUUAUGGAUCACGAAGCCGAGGCUGUCCUGGAGGUGGUAGCAGCCGUUUUGAAACUGGGGAACAUCGAGUUCAAGCCCGAAUCACGAGUGAAUGGUCUGGAUGAAAGCAAAAUCAAAGAUAAAAAUGAGUUAAAAGAAAUUUGUGAAUUGACCAGCAUUGACCAGCUGGUCCUGGAAAGAGCGUUCAGUUUCCGAACAGUUGAAGCCAAGCAGGAGAAAGUUUCGACCACGCUGAACGUGGCUCAGGCUUAUUAUGCCCGUGAUGCCCUGGCUAAAAACCUCUACAGCAGGCUGUUCUCAUGGUUGGUGAAUCGCAUCAAUGAAAGCAUUAAGGCACAAACCAAAGUGAGGAAGAAGGUCAUGGGUGUUCUGGAUAUUUAUGGCUUUGAAAUAUUUGAGAAUGCAGACAACAGCUUUGAGCAGUUUAUUAUUAAUUACUGUAAUGAGAAGCUUCAACAAAUCUUCAUCGAACUUACUCUGAAAGAAGAGCAAGAGGAAUACAUACGGGAGGACAUAGAAUGGACUCACAUUGAUUACUUCAACAAUGCCAUCAUUUGUGACCUAAUAGAAAACAACACGAAUGGAAUCUUGGCCAUGCUGGAUGAAGAAUGCCUGCGCCCCGGCACUGUCACCGACGAGACCUUCCUGGAAAAGCUGAACCAAGUCUGUGCCACCCACCAGCACUUUGAGAGCAGGAUGAGCAAGUGUUCCCGCUUCCUCAAUGACACGACCCUGCCUCACAGCUGCUUCAGAAUCCAGCAUUAUGCUGGCAAGGUGCUGUACCAGGUGGAGGGAUUUGUGGACAAGAACAAUGACCUCCUGUACCGAGACCUGUCCCAAGCCAUGUGGAAGGCCGGCCAUGCCCUCAUCAAGUCUCUGUUCCCCGAAGGGAACCCGGCGAAGGUCAACCUGAAGAGACCUCCUACAGCGGGGUCACAGUUCAAGGCGUCCGUAGCCACUCUGAUGAAGAACCUGCAGACCAAGAAUCCGAACUACAUCAGGUGCAUCAAGCCGAAUGAUAAAAAAGCAGCACACAUUUUCAACGAGAGUCUCGUGUGCCAUCAGAUCAGGUACCUGGGUCUGCUGGAGAAUGUCCGAGUGAGGCGGGCAGGCUACGCCUUCAGGCAGGCCUAUGAACCCUGCCUGGAAAGAUACAAGAUGCUUUGCAAACAAACAUGGCCUCACUGGAAAGGACCAGCAAGGUCUGGUGUAGAGGUUCUGUUUAAUGAGCUAGAGGUUCCUGUGGAAGAGUACUCCUUUGGUAGAUCCAAGAUAUUCAUCCGAAACCCAAGAACAUUAUUUCAAUUAGAAGACCUCAGGAAGCAGCGGCUGGAGGACCUGGCCACUCUGAUUCAGAAGAUUUAUCGAGGAUGGAAAUGUCGUACACAUUUCCUGCUCAUGAAAAGAAGCCAAGUUGUGAUUGCUGCCUGGUGCAGGAGAUACGCGCAACAAAAGCGGUACCAGCAGAUAAAGAGCUCGGCCCUGGUGGUGCAGUCUUACAUCCGGGGCUGGAAGGCUCGAAAACUCCUGCGGGAGCUGAAGCAUCAGAAGCGCUGUAAGGAGGCCGCCACCACCAUCGCGGCGUACUGGCACGGAACCCAGGCGCGAAGGGAGCUGAGACGGCUGAAGGAAGAGGCUAGGAAUAAACAUGCUAUUGCAGUUAUUUGGGCUUACUGGCUUGGAUCAAAGGCUCGGAGGGAAUUGAAACGCUUGAAGGAGGAGGCUAGGCGUAAGCAUGCGGUUGCUGUCAUUUGGGCUUACUGGCUUGGACUGAAGGUACGCCGGGAAUACAGGAAAUUCUUUAGAGCGAAUGCUGGAAAGAAAAUCUAUGAGUUUACACUUCAGAGAAUUGUGCAAAAAUACUUCUUGGAAAUGAAGAAUAAAAUGCCUUCCUUGUCACCAAUAGACAAAAAUUGGCCAUCAAGACCUUACCUGUUCUUGGACUCAACUCACAAGGAGCUGAAAAGGAUCUUCCACUUGUGGAGGUGUAAAAAAUACAGGGACCAGUUCACAGACCAGCAGAAACUUAUUUAUGAAGAGAAGCUAGAGGCCAGUGAACUCUUCAAAGACAAGAAGGCUUUAUAUCCGUCUAGUGUUGGGCAACCAUUCCAAGGAGCUUACCUGGAAAUCAACAAGAACCCAAAAUACAAGAAACUCAAAGAUGCCGUUGAAGAGAAGAUCAUUAUUGCUGAAGUUGUGAACAAAAUUAACCGUGCUAAUGGGAAGAGUACAUCCCGGAUUUUCCUCUUGACAAACAAUAACCUUCUCCUUGCUGACCAAAAGUCUGGGCAGAUCAAGUCUGAGGUCCCCCUGGGGGAUGUGACGAAGGUGUCCAUGAGUUCACAGAAUGAUGGCUUCUUUGCCGUCCACCUCAAGGAGGGCUCAGAAGCAGCCAGUAAGGGAGACUUCCUCUUCAGCAGCGACCACCUGAUUGAAAUGGCCACCAAGCUGUAUCGCACGACUCUCAGCCAAACCAAUCAGAAGCUCAACAUCGAGAUCUCCGACGAGUUCCUGGUACAGUUCAGACAGGACAAAGUGUGUGUGAAGUUUAUUCAAGGCAACCAGAAGAACGGGAGCGUGCCAACCUGCAAACGAAAGAACAAUCGGCUCCUGGAAGUCGCCGUCCCUUAAGAGACGCUUCCUCUCUGCCCUCAUGGACUUGUUUCUUCGUAAUAGUGCAAUUUGAUUUUGUUUUAUUUGGGGCUCACAGUAUGUUUGGGGAUUGCCAGAGGCUAGCUGUUAGAGUCCUUUGGCAAAAUUAAAAGUAUUUGACUAAUCAGUUUUAAUUAUUGGAAUAGUUAAUCCUUAAGUCCACAGUCUGCCCUGGGCAGGAUUAUAGAAAUUAACAAUGUCUGUUUCUGUGUCCUAUGUGUUUUCUCCUCAGUUACCAUUUUAGACUUGUGUCCCACAAACCCACGUAUUACCCAUAAAUCAUUAGUACUUGUAAGCGUAGGAGGAGGCUUACAUUCAUUUACCAGAUAUUUAUUGAACGCCUGUUUUUUGCUGGGCACUGUGCUGAACUUAUUAGGAACCUUUUUAUUUUUAAAGCUGUUGCCUUCUGGCUGAUGUGUGCUGGCAAAACAACAGUUAAGAAGGUGGAAGAGAUGGAGGCCGAAUGAUGCCGCUCGUGAUGAGAGCAUUAGCAGGAACCCUGUAGUGUGACGUCAACAGUACACACAACGGGAAGCCGGGGCCUGGGGGGAUUGGAGGUAGAUGAUUGGGUGAAAUUCCUCUGCUCUUUUGUUUUGUUUUUUUUAAUCUAUUUGAAAAAGAGAAAACUGACAUUUGGAAGUGCACAGUUACUUGUUCAGGUCCCCAUUAAUUACUUUCUGUUAGAAACAGAAGUCACUCUCACUUUAGGAAAAGUAACUGAAGCGGGCAGCAGAAUGCUGUGCUGCCGUCCAGGAGACGCACGAGAUGGGGCCUGCGAUACCCAUGGUGCCUGCGCCCAGAGUCAGUAGCUAUGGAAACGUCACAUAAGAAAAGGCCGAGAGCCGCCACCGUGCAGAGUGGCAGAUCUUCUCUCCGAUGUGCAAUAAAACAUCCAAGAUCGCCUUUGAAAGUUUUAUUUAUAAUAUACAUUUUUUUUGUAUGAGAGAGGUUCAGGGUGUGUAUUUUAGUCAAAGAUCAAAAUUAAGUUAGAAUUAGUGUUCAGGGCUUAUUUUUUUUUCUUUCUUUAAAAUUUACAGUAAGGAUUUACUUUGGAAACCACAUUUUAAACUCGGAAUUGAAUUGUUUCUUAUUUGGGAGGAUCAUGUACAUACACUGGGACUCUGUUAAAUAAUAAAAUUGUUCUAAUUUGGUGCCAUUUGCUGGAUCACAGCUGUAUUUUUGUAUCUGAAGCUAUUUUCAUAUGUUACAUGUCUAAUGUGUCACAGAAAGGUUUUCCAUCCAGACAUUACAUGGUCUCUGUGUUAAUGGCCUUCCACCAAUCUUUUUGUACCAGGAUCAGCCAAUGGAAAUACUCUCUGGGGAUUUUCUUUUGAUUUUUGUACUUAAAAAAAAAAUUCUGAUAAAGAAA